GUGAAAGAAACGUCAACAUCACGGACGUGGAGGUGAUUUAAAUUUGUAUCUGUGCUUUACAUCUGGAUUUGAACACCAUGAAGAUAAACGAGAACACUUUACUGGAGGGAAACAAAGUCGUGUUGGUUCCUUACAAUGCAGAGCACGUGCCCAGGUAUCACGAGUGGAUGAAGUCUCCUGAGCUGCAGCAGCUGACCGCUUCAGAGCCGCUGACCCUGGAGCAGGAGUACGACAUGCAGAGGAGCUGGAGGGAAGAUAAUGACAAGUGCACGUUCAUCAUCCUGGACAAGCAGCGGUGGGCAGACAGCAGUGUAGAAGAGGAGCAGUGCAUGGUGGGAGAUGUCAACAUCUUCCUGACUGACCCCACAGACCCAACACUGGCUGAGCUGGAGAUCAUGAUAGCAGAGCCCAGUCACAGAGGCAAAGGCAUCGGGAACGAGGUGACACGCAUGAUGAUGAGCUACGGGGUCACCAAACUUGGGGUCAAAAAGUUUGAGGCGAAAAUUGGGCUGAACAACCAGGUCAGCAUCGCCAUGUUCAGGAAACUCCACUUCCAGGAGGUGUCGGUGUGCGAGGUGUUCAAAGAGGUGACCCUCGGGAUGACGGUGGAUGAGUCCGUUCGUUCGAGGCUGCUGAAGGACACGGCCGACAUGAAGGAGAGAGACUACAGGCAGACGUGCAGCAACAGACGGGAACAAGUUCCACAGUAAAGUGCCGAGCUGCCCUAAAGACCUCCAGCUGUGAGACGGGAAGUCGAUUUAAUCAAGUGCAAUUUGGAGGUUCUGGUUCUUUAUGUAAGUAUUUUAAUUUUGAGUUAUAAUCUACUUUUCCACUGCUACAUUUCAGAGGGAACUAAUGUCAGGUGUUGUCGUGUUAAAACAGGAAAGGAUCUUCUCCCAAAGUUGAAAGUUUAUCAUUGUUUACUGCGUUGAGGUUUCCCUUAAUUGAAACUAAGGCUAACCCAAACCAUAUAAACUACACCUGCUCCAUAUACUGUUGGUCAUAUAUUGUUUAUUGCUGGUUCAGAUCUUACUAUCAACAUGAGAUAAAUAUCUCAUUUUUAAGUGUAUUUCCUCUUGUUUUUUCCUUCUAUCUUUCCUUUUUCUGUCUCUUUUAGUCCUCUCUGAUCGGGGGACAUGACACUUUGCUCUUUUUUUUUUCUUUUGAUACGUCGGCACAUUUUACUGAUGAUACUUGAGUAAAAAUUCUGACUGUAAAACUUCUACUUGUGGAGUAUUUUUCCGUUUCAGUAUUGCAACUUUAUCGCAAUGCUGUACAGAUUAAACAAACAAGGUGUUAAUUAGUGAGCUUUAGAAGUGCUGGUCGGUGUAUUUAGUUACUUUUGAAUGAAUAUAUUUUUGUUUCUAGUGUGUGUUAAUUCUAUUUGGAUUGUCAUCCAAUUGAAUCCUCAUCAAUUGAAAACACAAAACCUCAUAAUUUAGUUUGAGGAAACCAUUUUAAGAUACUUAAAUCACACCGUCCACAGGAGCGUGUUUUAUACGAGCAUGACAUGUAAAACAGAACUGUGAAGUGAAUGAACAUAUAAAGGUGAAAGGCAAGUUUGUGCCUCUUUACAUUUGGUUAAAUGUAACAUUAUUCUUUCUUUUUGGUAGUGAACUCCAAACAGUUACAGAAGAGACCAAACCAUUUAUCUUAGUAUGCUUGUUAAGGGGUUGACUAAAACAUUUAAAGUGCAGAAUAAAUCAUGUAGGAAAGUGUAACAUUUCCAUUUUGUGGUGCACAAUGACUGAGGCGUAAUCGGAGUGAAACAUUUCUUAUAUGUCUCAUGUUCCUCGUAAUUGCCACUUUAGUCUGCUGCGUUUCUCAUCAUUUUCUCCUUCGAAACCGGAAGGCUGGUUGUUGAGAUCAAAUGCCCACUGCAUAAUUGAACAGCUUUCAUAACGCACCACAUGACCCAAAAUGUGUUUGCAUAUAAGAAUAAGUUCUUGUAUCCUCUCAAACCUCUGUGUGCUAUUUCCUCCUAUUACAGUCAAGUAAUUCAGUGUGGCUUUGUAGCACAAAGGCAGUAAAACUACCUGUGCAAAAGCACAGUGACUAUAAUCCUGCAGGCUGAUUCAGCAUUCCAAGUAUUGUUCUUCUAAUCUUUAUUCUUCUUUUUAAUUAAUUUUUUUUUAGUUUAAUUUAAAUUUUUUAGGUUAAUUCAAUG